UGCAGUCACGUGAUAUCAACUUCCGGUAUGACAGAAACUUCAAAAUGGACAGGUGUUUCCAUAGGUGAUGUAAAGCUAGUUGUAUAACUAUGGCUCUGGAUUUGACAAUUAGUUUAACAUUGACUGUAUUAAUUGUGUUAUUUUCACCGAGUAAAGCCGAUAAUAUCCAGGUUUUGAGCGCCAGUGGCUACGUCAACGGGUUCUCAAUACGUUCCCAUUAUUCCGCCUACGAGAAAAAACGAGUAAAUGUUUUUUUAGGAAUACCCUACGCAAAACGAUUGGAGCAAUAUGAUGAUUGGAGGCGAGACUUCAGGUUUCGUAAACCUGAACCACCUUACUGGCAGGGAGUAUGGGACGCGACAUAUUAUCGGCCCGCCUGUCCUCAACACAUGUGGUAUAUCCGUGAGACUGUGCCAUCUCUACAGAAACGUAACGUCAGUGAGGACUGCUUAUACCUGAAUAUAUUUACUCCAAACAACACAGAUGAGCCCCAGAGUAACAGCCCCAGUUUAUACCCUGUCAUGGUGUUUAUACAUGGCGGAGGAUACACACUUGGCAGCUCACACCAGUACCCAGGUGUCUUCCUGGCCGAGAGGGGUGUUGUCGUGGUAACAUUCAAUUACCGCCUAGGUCCACUUGGAUUCCUCAGCACAAAUGAUCGAAAUUCUGCAGGAAACUAUGGGAUGUUUGACCAAGUACGUGCUCUAGAAUGGGUCAGACUGAACAUUGAACGUUUCCGUGGAAACCCAAAUGUUGUUACCUUAUUUGGUCAGAGCACUGGAGCUUCAAGUGUAGGUCUUCAUCUGUUGUCGCCACGAUCAGACAAGCUCUUCCAGCGAGCCAUCCUGCAGAGUGGAUCGGAUCGAAGUGAGUGGUCCUAUAUAGAGGGCGCUACUGCAGCAGAAUAUGCCAAGGAUCUGGCCUGGGAACUAGGUUGUCCUACAGAUGAUAACUUUCGCCUCGUCCAGUGUAUACAGCUGUACAGAACUGCUGAUGAAAUUGUGAAUGCUUCGGCUAAAAUUCCUACCAAGAACGGGUACGUAGGGAACCCUUGGGGCCCGACAGUGGAUGGCCCUAUAAAUGGAGCUUUCUACGCUUUCCUCCCUGAGAACCCAAAGUCAAUGAGAGAACAGGCCUACUUCAAAAAGAUCCGGAUUAUGGCCGGGCUGAACAAAGACGAGGGAUCACUGUUCGUCCCCAAUCUGAAGACAUUAGAGAACGGUGUAUCCUCGACUGAGUUUGGAAAUAUUGUGAAUGAGUUUUUGGUAAAAAGGAAAGUGGAAGAUUUAACUGGAACCGGGGAAGCUGUGAAAUUUCAGUACACAUACUGGCCUGAUCCACAGAAUGAGUCGAUGAUUAGGACGAGGAUUUCUGACAUGAUGUCGGAUUACAUGUUCGGGACAGGAUUAGACCAGGUUGUCAAAGUUCAGUCGCUGUACAACAAAACCUAUGUGUAUGAGUUUAGUUACUACUCCUGGAACGACUUCCUCCCCACUGGAGAGGUAAAUAUUUACAGGGCAGGUGUGGCCCACGGACAGGAGCUACAGUAUGUGUUUGGCUUCCCCUACAUCAACAAAACUUACACAGAUAUUUUUGGUCUGUUUCCAAGACAACGUUACGACUAUGCAGACAGGAAUGUCAGCGAGUACAUGAUCAGUUUGUGGACAAAUUUCUCCUCUAGUGGGAAUCCCACCCCCAGGACCUUUGACCUGAAGUUUUUCCGUGGCGUGACGUGGGGAGAGUAUAACCUACAUAACCACAGCUACUUCAAAAUCGGAAAUUUCUCCCAUAACAUGACCAACUACCGACAGUCCGAAUAUGGAUUCUGGAGAAAAUAUUUCCCGGAGAUAGCAAUACGACCUUACUAUAUAACAACAUCCAUACCACAGGAGGCAGCUAAGGCGGAGUUCCAGACGGCCACCUGGUCACUGACCGCUUCAUGUGGCCUGCUGGUCAUCAUACUUCUGGCCAUGUGUAUUGUAUUGUACCGUCGACGACCAAAAGACUACUGACAAAAAAGGAGUCUAAGUUUGACUUUCCAUACUUCAUAUUUCAUUUUUACAGUCUGUGUAUUUGAAUGUUUUCAUUAAAACUACAUGUCAUGUGUUUUAGAAAAUGUCUACCUGUCAUUGUCUCCCUUGUUAAUUGUUCACUGUAAUAUAAUGGAAACAUUUCCAUGUAUUUUAACCAUUUACAAAAGUACACUGAUAUUUAGAGUUAUCUCGUAUGUGUGAAUUUUAGUCAUUCAUCAAUUGUAUUGAGUACUAAUUGUCAUCAUAAUUAUAACGAUCAUGAUUGUGAUUCCACAAAAAACCCACCAAAAUAGGACAGCUGUAAUAUUGAUCAAGGUGUUAUGCUCAGAUGGGAAUCAAGUGAAAAGAACAAAAUGUAAAUGUAAUUUAUUCCUAGUUUGGUUGAUUUUUUGAGAUCAAGAUCCUAAAUCUUUUUCAUGAACUCAAAAUUGAUGUGCUUGGAAAUGUAGAGACAAGAUAUUGUAUAAGCAGUAUAGGGCUUGAUCCAACACCAGAUGGAAAAUUAAUCAUAACAGGGUAUAUAGCCAUAUCCCUACAUUCAAAAUGUAUGUUGGUUUUAAGGCUGAAAAUGAUUGAAUUUCGAAUUUCCAAAUCGGGUAAGAAUCAAAAUCAGUUAACAUUUAAUUGUCUUUUAUGUUUUUAAGAUUAAACAAAAGUAGAUUUAAUUAUCAUGGUUGUCAAGUAUCUAUAGGGGGUCAUCUCAAAGGAUAAUGCUGUUCAAUGUUUUUGUCCUUAUUUAUGUCCCCCAAACAAAGUUUGGCGACAUAUUGUUUUCGCUCUGUUUCUUAUCUUUUAUUGAUCUUGAUAGUAAAUUAAUUGUAAAAUUGUAUUCCAAUAGUUCCAUAUUGACCAGCUAUCUGUUACGUCAAUAUCAAGUUAUAGGUGCAAUCGUCACGACGUCAUGUUUGUCUCUAGAAUUUUUGUCCAAUGACUGUCAGAGGUUGUUGGGUUUAUAUCUAUAAGUAGUAAGGGCUAUUCCAGUAAAACAUCUAUCCCACCCCAGGACUCCAGUAAAACAUCUACCCCACCCCCAGGACUCCAGUUUUUGUUAAGGGGAACCACCCAUAGAAUUAAAAUUAAAAAAGAUACAUAGAACAUCCAACCAUGGAUAGAAGUGAUUUAUUUUGGAGUCCUUGGGUCAGGUAGAUAUUCUAAUGGAAUAGCCCUAAUACAGUGUAAUGUAAAUAGAUGUAAAAAUGUAUUUUUGAAAAUUAUGAUGUAUAUAUUCAGUUCUUUGUAUAUAUUUUUAUAGGUGUUUGAUACUGAUAUCAUUAAUAUCACCAUGUACAUGUGUGUAAAACUCCAUAACAUGAAAUGCUGCAAUUUGUAAUUAAAUUUUAUAUCAGAAAUGUUUUGUGCUAAUAAUAAGUGUGUUUAAAUAUAUUAAGGAAUGCACUUCGUACUUCUUUAAAGUAUUUUACCAAAUAAUUAAAAUUUUAACAUGUUUUAUUUCCUUUCAAAAUUAGAUAUUUGUAAAAAUCUACAAUGUGUAACACUGACAAGUUUAUGUAACUUGCUUUAGAAUAAAUAAAUAUACUGUAGGUAUCACAGGCUCUGAGCUGUGACAUCUUACAGUGCCUUUGGUAUAUAAACUGGUGUACAUUUACUAAAAUUACAAUGUAAAAUUGCUUUAAAGCUACGGAGAAAAUUGUGAAAAAUAUUUUCUUUUCUUUUUUUUGCUCUUUUGGAGUUUAAAAUAAAAUUACUUAGAAAAAAAUCAAAAAUCAAAAUAUUAAAGAAAAUUAUGGUCUAUUAAACAUUCUAUUAACAAAAUAUAUUUUUCUUUCUCCUACCAUAUAACUGUGAAAAUUUUAACCAUAAAAAAACAUCAUAUACUGUAUGAAUUGUAAUUCAUAACUCAGUUUUGUAUAUUUCAUGUUAACUACAGAUAUUAAUAUGGUUUAAAGAAUUUUUUAUUUUCGAACAUACUUAUUUUAAUAUCAUACAGAAUAUACUAGUAAUCUGGCAACAAGAACAGGCUGUUGUAUGAAGUCACAUCUCCCAAAUUUGGUGUGAAUUAACUACAGUUUAUCAAAGUUUGUAUCUGAAAUGUUUUGUUGUGUUGUAACUGAAUCAUCCAGAACUCCUUGAGGAAGGUUGCCAGGUACUGACCGUAGGCCGGUGGUUUUUCUCCGGGUACUCCGGCUUUCCUCCACCUCCAAAACCUGGCACGUCCUUAAAUGACCCUGGCUGUUAAUAGGACGUUAAACAAAAACAAACCAAAACAAACCAAAGGAAGCUAUUACUGAGGAUCAGUUCAGCAAAAAAUAUCGGAUGAGUUCAGGAUGGAAACUGAAUAGUGAACACAAACUAAAAUAAGCCAAAAAAGGACAUUUCUUAUUAAAUGUAUAUUUCUGUGUUUCAGACUUGCAUGGUAUGGAACAAUAUAUAUGUAUAUAUAUAUGAUGUAUACACGUACAUUGUACAUAUUCAUCUGAUUUUAAGGAUGUAAUUGAUUUUCCUUGUAAAUUAAUUGAUAUGCUUCCUGAAAUAAUUGCACGAAGACACAAAUGUUGAGUGAUAAAUUAGAUUUGUAACUAUAUAAUGUAAAUCUCAUUGUAAAUAACCACUACAGUAGGCUACAGGCAUUCAUUUUACCUCCUGUCAUAAUUAAAGGUAAUAUAACAUUGACAUUUCACAUGGUCAUUUUCGUAUUUGGUGCAAAAUGUUGGACAACUUGACUUCCCUUUUAACUUCAGGUUUUUUGUAUUGAUUGAUUGCCCUGUAUCAUGUAGACUGUCCAUUGGUCCCCAGAUUAUCUUUAUGUAUGAUUUGUCCCCUUAAUAUAUAUAUAUAUCAAUCUGCCUCCUUACAUUCAGAAUGUCAACCUCAAGGACACUAUAGUGACAGUCUGUACUUCCUAUCACUAAACAGUCUCCAGAAAAAUAUCGACCACGCCCUUCUCCAGCCUAACACUGGGAAAGAUUGGUCCUAAAGAUAUAGGUCAGGCCCUUCUUCAGCCUAACACUGGGAAAGAUUGGUCCUAAAGAUAUAGAUCAGGCCCUUCUUCAGCCUAACACUGGGAAAGAUCGGUCCUAAAGAUAUAGGUCACACCCUUCUUCAGCCUAACACUGGGAAAGGAUGGUCCUAAAGAUAUAGGUCACGCCCUUCUUCAGCCUAACACUGGGAAAGAUUGGUCCUAAAGAUAAAGGUCACGCCCUUCAGCCUAACACUGGGAAAGAUUGGUCCUAAAGAUAUAGGUCACACCCUUCUUCAGCCUAACACUGGGAAAGAUCGAUUGGUCCUAAAGAUAUAGAUCACAUCCUUCUUCAGCCUAACACUGGGAAAGAUUGGUCCUAAAGAUAUAGGUCACACCCUUCUUCAACCUAACACUGGGAAAAAUUGGUCCUAAAGAUAUAGGUCACACCCUUCUUCAACCUAACACUGGGAAAGGUUGGUCCUAUUGUUUUAUUUUUGGUGAUUGACCCUUCAUGAAUAAGGGUUUUACUAACUACACAAUUUUGUAAACAAAUUUUUUUUAUUUUUUUUUAAUCUCGCAUUGGCAGUUAUAUAUCAAUAAUAACCAUACUUUACUAGUAUUUUGAUCUGAUGAGUGUGAGAGUGUAAUCAGCAAAAGAGGGAGGGAGAAUGAUAGAGAGAAUGUUUUGUAUUGAUAUUUUUACAAUUUAGAAAUGAAACAAUGAAAUCACAAAGGGAAAAUAAACUUAAAAACAUGAA